AUGCUACUAUGUGGUGUGCUCCGUGUAGUGCUACCCACAUCGUUCAGCACUGUCGUGCAAAUUGCGUUCUUCUUGCUGCAAAACUCCAAUGUCUUGAGGGUAAUCGCGUCCAUGCCACCUGGAGCCGAAGACGAGAUUAUCCUGAUCGAACAUCUACCAGGACGGCAGGUGCAUCUUCAGGAUUUCUUCUGGACCGGUCUCGAGGACGCGCCCCCCUGGGUGGAUCCCAGCCAAGGCUUAACUUUCUACGAAACGAAGACAAUCGUUCACACUGUCACGGUUUACACCCCGACCGACGAAAAGGGCCCGUCAGAUUCUAUUUCGCCUCAUCGUCCAGACACUUAUAAUCCGGAAUGUGUCACGUGCAUAGAACCGACACCUAGAUUGGACGAUGACGAUCAGAGCAUCGGGGUUCUUAUCGGGGAAGACCCAGGUCCGAGGUAUUGGCUGUUGACGGUUCUUCGACCAGGUGAAGCCGUACCACCCAAAGUCGAGCUUCGUCUCGCUCGUUUGUAUCGAACCGCGUUCUCCAGACAGCAGCAACGACACCUCGGCCUGUUAUCAACGGAUCCGAGAUCCCGACGAGACGCAUUGUUACGCGGUUUUGUUGACCGAAAGAAUAUAGCGGGACAUUCCGGAGCUUCAUCCCAAACAAGGAUCCCCCAAACAGAGAUCUCCGCGAACGUAACUGAAGCUCAGCCCGAACUGACCGUUGAUACCGUCGCGACUUCCUCGACUCACAUGGGAACAGAAGCGAAUGUUCCAAGUUCAACCGACGACAACUUAUAUUUUUCAAAAGUCUCGCAAGUCAAAUCCAUGAGAAUGAUCGAGAUUCCCAGGCCGAAGGAAAUGCUACUUCCGAUGCUCGAUGUUGACGCGACGGACGAGGAAUUUGCAAGUAAAGACUUCGCAAUGAAAAAGAUCAUGAAAACGUUCAGAGAAGAUGCGAAAUCCUCGUCUUCUGAGAUUAAUGGAUAUGCAACCACAGAUUCGACGAACCCCGAUCGCGGUGCUAUCGACGAUCCCAGAGAACAAUCUCCGCAAAAGCCAAUGCCAGUACCAUUAGAUUCGUCUGAUUCAAAUGUCGAUCCCAUUGCCAAAAAUCGAUCGAACGAUAACGAAGGUGCCAGGAUAGGGGUGCGCUCAAAAUUGCGCUUAGCGGACGGCUCGGUCCCGGGGAUCGUGAAGGUCAGAAUGCAGAAUAUGAGUAUUAUCGAGAGCGGUGCAAUGAGAUUGAUCUACUCGGUUCACCUUGAUGGCAAGCCUGUUCCUGCCGAAACGGCCGCGAGGGACAUGGCGCUUCUUUCGCCUCAGGAAGUCGCCCUCGAGCUCGGAGCACCAGUGAUUAUCCAGAGCGAGCCUUAUCUGAAGGAGAGUCGACCCCUGGCCCUGUCAAGGAAGAGAGAUGCAUGGUUGCUGAUCGGAGCAGCCGGCGCAGGUAUCAUUCUGCUAAUUCUAGUCUUCGCCGGUUUAAUUGUGGCUGCCAAGAGGAAAAGGGCGCAUAGCGCCGUCGUUGCACCACCAAAUAAGAGUAUUCUUAAGAAAGAACGUGAAUACGCAGCCGCGACACCUGGUAUUGACAACACCGGGUUCUCGACGUCGGAGACCGAGAUUAAGACCGAUGGUACCAGUCAGCGGCAAACCCCGCGAACUUUAUCCAGAACUCCGAUCACGCCCGACACACCUGACAGUCUGGAAUUGGGCAUUCACGAAGUUUCCAGCGACAACGACGAAGAACCGAGAAGAGUUCGCGGAUCGACUUCCUGGAGUAUACACGAACACUCAUCUAAGAGAGCAAGAGUGUCGCGUGGAAAAAUGAUGAGAACAAACGCGAUCGACCAGCCCAGGACUCCGGACUCAUUGAACACCGAUCGUAUAGAGACACUGGAUUCUUUGGGGAAUGGCUAUGUGAAACGAGAAGAAUCCACCGCUUCGCCCCAAUCUUACUUGUCGAUGCCUUCGUGCAAACAAUUCCCCAGCAUGCGAAGCGUGGAACCGCUGUCAAGGGUGCUGGAACCUGUCAUGGUCAGGCACUUAGAUAUCGAUUCUCCAGAAUUAGUGCGCCACGAGAGAGGUGACGACAUCGACGACACGUUCCUCGCGAGAACGUCGAGUGCUUCGAGAGAUCCUGGAGCUGUAGGGCCCAUCGUGUGGAAUCUGAACAAGCAAACGUUUUCUACAGAAGGUAACGGUACGUCCGAAACGGACGUCGAUGGAGUGUACCAUCUAUCAUCGAGACCCGUGGGCCGCGCAAGACGAAGACUACACGAGCUCCUAGAGGACUCUUUCAGUCUCUUCGGAAGCAGAGAUGCCAAGAUCAAAGAGCCGCAGCCGCCGCCGAGCUCCGUUGCGCAUGUAACGGAUACACUCGCGAUACUUUCGGAGACCAGAGGCAAAUCUGCCCACGUCAGUCCAGUAGUAACGCCAACGAUGGAGAUAAAAACGCGUCCGCGUACAUCGCUACCACGUAAAGACCUCGACGAGGAUAUUCCGGAAACAGGCCAGGCUGGACCAGUUCAUUCUCGCGGGGCCUGGGGUGCAAGACCGCUGAGUGCGGGUCCGUUCCACAGGCCAAACUUACCGGAAGUAGACACCAGGCGUAUAUUAGCGGACAACAGGCUUCCACCGGAUGAUCCUGCGGUACCUUUGAUCGAGUCAAUCAAAAAGGAACUUGAAAAGUUCACUUAAUAGAACCUCAGUAGAACGUACGAAAGAUGAGAAACGAUGGAGAACGUUAUACUAAUAUAAAUUAUACUAACCUUAAGUUAAAGAAUAGUGUAAAUACUUGAUUCUUUUUCACGAAAUUUUAUAUUUCAAUUUCAUCCUAUGUAAGCUACGAGCAAAAUGCAACAUCUUACACGUAUCACGAAAAUACAAAGAGAAGAAGACGAAAGUAGAUCAUGCUUAGUUGGGUUGUUACGAAUUGUGCCACUGAAUUAACUUAUUGUCACUGUAAAUAUCAUUACAUCAUGAAUGUUAAACAAAUAUGUAGAAAAUGCAUUUGCGAACUUGAUACCACAAGUAAUGUGUAUGUGUGCGACUGAUUAUAUUACAAAAAAUAUUAAGAUAAAUUCCUGCGACUGACCCGUUCAACUCUAACUAGAAAUACACUCGUAACAAUUAUGAGAAUAGACUUAUAUAUAAUAGACUUCUGUAAUACGUAUAAUAUACGACGCUUU